GGACCAAGUUCACCUUUCUCCGCUAGUCGACCGCGCCAAUGAACCCCUGUGACUACUACACCCUUCCUCCGCAGAUUCGAAGAUGACACCAUCACUACUCAAGCAUAUACAAGUUCUGGUCCACUGAUAAUAAUAGAUGUUAUAUACAGUGUAGUGUAGUGAGCGUUUGAUAUUGUACCCACGAUUCUGACUACGUUCUGCUCAUAUACCGGGAAUCUAUGUACUAUGCUAGCACUAAGCUAGAUUCUCUGGGAAUAUAGAUGGUUUCGCUCCGUACAACCCCACGAGUUUACUCGAAAUUGUCAGAUACUACAUUCGAUAUGGAUUAUUGGCCGCCAUGUUACAGGCGGCGCAGAAAGACUCCGUAAUUUGAAAGCCCUACGUUCAUGGAGAGUCAUAAGCAAAGAUCCUCAAGCAUUAUGGCUUGUUUUACUCAUGGCCACGGUAUCUUCGAGGAACAGAGCUCUGCUUCAGACAAAGACAACGUCUGAUGAAACUGAACGAACUCAUAACGAGUAUAUUAUAUAUGGCCUCCAUACUACCACUGGCUUUGAUUCCCUCGAUGAUGUGACAAGCGUCUAUGAUACACUUGAAGUCGUGGAUAUGGUCUCUGUUUCCAGGACAGUUCCGCGCCGAGGCAACCUGUUGGCGAUCCACCCACCACCAUUGGUAGAAUGACAGUACCUCAUUGUCUUGUCGAUAACAUUACGCAAAUUAGAAAUUUCUAGUCUGGAGAAUUUUGUUCCUUGCGAU